AUGUUGUUGAAGAUGAACUUUGAAGAUUGUAGGAAUAAUUUGGAGUUUUUUGGUGGAAAAACUUCACCCGGGAAGGAGGAAAAUGGCUCAGUAAAUUCCUUAUACAGCUUGAAAAAUGUGUUUAAAAUGAUGAAUACAAGAGAUUCCACAGAUUCUCACACUCUUGUUACGGAAUUACAAGAAACUUCACCCGGUGUUUGGGAAACGAAUAUCUUAAUUCCAGUCAAUAACAGUGUAGAUGUGCACAACUCAGUUACCAAGGGGUUAAAAUCGAUAUAUAAAAAUGGUAUGAAGAACUUGGAUUUUAAAGCGUACAUGACUGGCGAUACUGGAGGAUUCAGGAAUAAAUCAAUUUCUAUUGAGAAUUCAGAUCAUGUUACUCCACAGCCUCGUGGAGUUUUCGUGCCAGUUUUCGGUCCAUACGGAUGUAAUUUUCCUCCAGAUUAUAGAUUAGUACAGUCCAGACUCGGACCAACUUAUCACUGCUCAUACCCUAACCAAAUUAAUUAUCACCUUGAACAACAGAAUGGAAUGAUUAAACCUGUUAAAAAUUUCCCGUUGUAUAUAAAUAAUCAAUUUUUGAGGCCGAAAGGAUUAGCAAGGUGGGACUCUGUAGAUAAAGAUAACUUAAACAACUGGGACCCAUUCAAUCUCAAUCACAAUUCACAACAAAAUGUUAACUAUGGAAAUGUGAACAGGAGGGUGACUCCGAAUUUUGGCCGUUUUACGGGUAAAAACGGCCUAGAAGGAGUUAAAAGAGAAGUCCUCAUUUAUCCUCACUAA